AUGCAUUUGGGAAAUCAUAAAUUAGCAGUCACUGAUUUGCUUGCGGUUGCAAAAGAAAACCCUGUAUAUGACAAACAGCUGUAUGCAGCACUAAGUAUAUGUUUUAUGUCUAUGAAUGAUAUUUCUACAGCAUUAAGGCUAAUAUCUAAAGGCUUGUCAAGAUUUCCUAAGUUUUCUGAAGGAUAUGUUAUAAGAGGACAAAUUUAUUUAAAACAAGAAAAAAUAGAAAAAGCAUUAAGCGAUUUUAAAAAAGCUGCUGCUUAUAAUCCAAAAGAUGGAUCAGCAUAUCUUGGAAUCGCUGAUUGCUUGAUUUACACAGAAAAUAAAGAAAGCUGCUUAGAAGCUUUAAACAAAGCUAUUUCAUUUCCAGAAACUUCUGUGCUAGCCCUUCUGAAGCGUGCAAAAUUUUUUGCUUCAAUAAAUAAAAAUGACCAAGCUUUUGAAGACUUAAACAAAUAUAUUUCUUAUAAGUCAGAAGAUCCUGAAGCUUAUUUUACCAAGGCUCUGCUUCUGCUUAAAACUUCUCAGUUUCAUGAAUCAGCUUUAUGCUUUGAGCAAACUAUCAAAUAUGACUAUCAAAACUCUUUCUUAAAUCAAGCCGUUUUUCAUUUGGGGGCUUUAAAAAUCAGGGAAAGAGACUUCUAUGGGGCUUUACACACUUUUAAAAGAAUCAAUGGGCAAAAAGAAAUAAAGGACCAAAAAACCUUGAGACACUAUGCAGAAGCUGUUAUAAGUCUUAUGAAACGAAAAUACAAAGAAGGAAUUACUUAUUUUUCAAAGCUUAUCAAAAAUGGGGACAGCAUAAUACAAGAGUAUUUACUCUCUCCCUUGAAUUAGAGCAAUCUAUUCUGAUUUAAAAGGGUUAAUUUUUUUUUGAAAAAAAAUAAAAAAUAUAAAUUGAAUAAUGUAUUUAUGAAUGCCUAUUUACUGUUUUAAAGAAUAAAUUAAUCAAUUGAGUGAUUCAGAUCUUUAAAUAACUUUUACUUGCAUUUUACUCCAUCAAAUUAGUUCAAAGCUAUUUAUAUAAAAAUUAAUAUUUUCAUCUAUAAAAUUCUGUUCCAAUUUAAUGAGGCUUUAAUUUUAUACAAAAAAAGGGGAAUACAGAUAUUUUAUUCUAAUUUAUAGGAAAGUUAGGAAAUUGCUAUGCAUAUAGAGCAUACGGAUAUUGUGCACUUAAUAAAUUUGAUAAAGCUUUACAGGAUUUUAAAAAAGCAUCAUUGAUAUCAACUUUGAAUAAAGCUUCACUUUAUAAUCAAUGUUUAGCACAUGGUCUAAAAGAUGCGAAAAAAGGAGAUUUUCAAUCUGCGCUUAAUUAUUUAAGCAAAUCUCAUAAGCACUUCAACAAAAAUCCUGACCCUUUGGUUUAUCAUGCAGCUAUAUUACUUCACAUAGCAUAUGAAGCUUCCCCGCCUAACGAUAUUUUUAUUAUAGAAUCCGAAAAUUUAUUACAAAAAGCUUCCCAGCUCAGAGAUCCAGAAAGUGAUAUUUAUUAUUAUCAGGCAAUAGUGAAAUAUCUGAGAAAUAAAUUUUCUGAAGCUUUAGAAGAUGUUAAGCUUACUAUUGAUAAAGCAGAAGACAACAUUGCUGAGCAUUAUGUGCUUAGAGGGCUGUGCCAUGCUGGACUUAAAAAAUAUCAAGAUGCCUUGCAAGAUUUUACUAUAGCUAUUCAAUUGAAUGAAGAACUAUAUUAUGCUUAUUCCUAUAGAGGAAGGGUUGCUUAUUUAGAAGACGAUACAGAUCUUGCUUAUAGCGAUUUUCAAAAGCAUAUAGCUGGCUGUCCAAAUGAUCCUUUAGCUCAUAUGCUGGCUGGAAAUCUCCUGAUGUCAACUGGAUCUUAUGACGAUGCAAUUAGUGCUUAUAAUAAUGCUUUAGCGUUAAAAUUCAGCUGUGAGGCUACUUAUCAGAAGGCAAAAUGUUAUGUGCUGCUUCAUAAGCUUGACGAUGCAAUUAUUGAAUUAAAUAAAAUUUUGCAAUCAAAACCAAAUUUUUUAAGCGUUAUCAAAGAUAAAGAAAUUUUGACUUAUUUGAGAAAUUUAGCUUCAGAGGAAAAAAAUGUUAAUAUACUAAAUUAAAUCAAUAAGUAUUUAUAUUGCAAAGCUAUUACUUAAUUAAUUUUAAAAUUAAGAAUUUCUUUACAAGUAUUGGAUAAUUUUAUUUUAAUGGAAAUAUUUUUCAAAAAUCAAUUGAAAAUUGUUAUAAAUGACUCAAUUCCCCUCGUGAGGGAACAAAACCAAUAGAAAGUCCCCUUUUUUGUAGUAAAAAAUCACCUCCAAGAGCAAAAAAAUUGUUUUUAAUAUAAAUUAUGUUUAUGAAAAAUAUUUUUGAUAUAUAAGUGAUAAGUAGUAUAAUUAAAUCUCUAGCAGAUUCUGUUGAGUUUUAAACAGCUUACAUUUAAAACAUAAAUUUUAUAAAUUAAUUAAUUGAGACAUUUUAAAUUCGAAUUAUAAAUUUAUUAAAAAUAAUUUAACCCUCCUUGAACGAAAAAAUUUUUUGUACGCUCAAGGAUGUGGAAGUCAGUGAAACGUGCGGGGAAAUUUUUGAGAGGAAACAUAUUUAUUGAAUGAAAGCGAUUUUUCUAAUGUACACUGAAGAAUAUGAACUUGCUUUAGAUGAUUUUCAAGAAGUUCUUGAAAUUAUUCAUUCAAAAGACAAUGAAUUGAUGACUUCUGAUGAAGCACUUGCAGCAGAAGAAGAAAAUUGUGAGGCUCUCUAUAAUAUUGGCUUAUGUCAUUUACAUGUAAUUUCCUAUUUAGUCUAACAAAGAGCAAUCUUUAGUGAUAUUCCAAGACCUUGCUGAAGUUCUCAAUGACAAGCAUAAAGGCCAAAUGAUUUUUCUGUCAGCGCUUUCAGAACUUUCAUUAGGAAAUAAUGAAACUGCUGAAAAAUUAAUGAAAGAAGCUUUCAAAUGUGACCCAGAAACCAUCAGUCCAUUUCUCUCUGAUAAUCCCACCACUUUAUUACCUUUAAAUACCAAAAGUGAAUUUUCAUCAAAUUUUCCUUUAAUUACAUUACCAUUUUCUAAUAUCCCAAAACUCCAAGCAAGACCAGCAAUUUCUUUGCCAAGAGUUAGAGCUCCUUCAUUAGAAUUAAACGUUGAAGAAAAAGUCAAAGAUUUCUUUGAUUUUUCCAAAAUUUCUCCAAAACCUGAAGCUCCUUGAUUAAAUAGAAUUCGAGGGUCUAUACAGUUUACUGAAAAUAUUGUAGAAUUUGACGUAGACCCUUCAGAUACUGAAGAUGAAAAAGAAAAAAUUGAAGAAAAAAGCACAAAUGAUAUCAGUGAAAAUUUUGAGCGAAAAGUAAAAUCACUAAUUCCUAUACGGCAUAAGACCCCAAGUCCAAUUGACAGCUCAAAAGAGAUCCUUAAGCAUAUUGAUGAAUAUAGCCUUUUUAAGCAAAACGGAAAUCAAGAUCCAGACCCUGAGCAUGCUAUUAUAAAAAAAAUCAAAAAUGUCUGCAAAGGAGACUAA